AGGAAAGGUAAAGGUGUUGAAGGUUUAAUAGAUAUUCAGAAUCCCAAUAGAAAUAUUAAACAAGCUAAAAAAGUCACUGCCAUAGAAGCUGAUCAUAAAACAGUUUUGUCUAGAAGAGAAAGGGAAGAAUUAGAGAAAACUGAAGCUAAAAAGAAGUAUGAUCAGUUACAUAUGGAAGGGAAAACUACAGAAGCACAAGCAGAUUUAGCUAGAUUAGCACUUAUUAGGAAGCAAAGAGAAGAACAGGCUAAGAAACGAGAGCAAGAAAAGAAAGGUUAUUUGAAAUUUAAUUAUUAUCUGUAA